AUGGUCGGCGACGGCGACGACGGUGGAAGUAGAAUUGCGGAGGCGGGUCAGUGGCUAAUCACAUCGGAGAAGCUGUUGGCUUCAAGUGACUUUGAGGGAGCAAAGAAAUUUGCGAUCCGUGCAUGCGAAGCCGAUCCGUCUCGAGCAGAUGCAGCGGACUAUAUCCUCGCAAUCUCCGACACUCACCUCGCCGGAGAAUCCACCGUCGGUGACUCGAAACUACCUGACUGGUACUCGAUACUCCGACUCGUACGGCUAACACGAAACCCUGAACACGUGGCGAUUCAGUACCGUAGACUCGCUCUUCUCCUCAAUCCAACGGUUAAUCGUCUCCCUUUCGCCGAUCAAGCGCUUAAGCUCGUCUCUGAUGCUUGGUGUGUCCUCUCUGAUCCUCCUAGGAAAUCAAUGUACGACCAAGAGUUGCAGAUGAGCCAAAUCGGUGGUAGUACCCAAUCGGAGCAAUUUCAGUGGCGACAUGAUUCGCCAUUGCAGAGCCAAGCUGAGACCUCGGAGAAUCUUAGCUUUUGGACUGCUUGUCCGUACUGCUAUGUGCUUUUUGAGUACCCUAAAGGUUACGAGGAAUGUAUAUUGAGGUGUGAGCAUUGUAAGAGAGCGUUUGAAGCGGUUAAGACGCAAACGCCACCUGUGGAUAGUGAUGGUAAAGAUGUUUACUUUUGUUCAUGGGGUAUGUUCCCAUUAGGGUAUUCAGGUGAAGCUAAAAGCUCUGCUUGGUCUCCAAUUUCACCUCUCUUUGUUUGCCCUGCACAAAGUUCUGAUCAGCAAGUACAUAUGAAUGCUCCUACAAGUAACUAUUGCGGCAAUGAUGGUGAUGGAUUGUAUGUUGAAAUUUCUGAUGAUGGUGAUGACUUGUAUGUUGCAAUUUCUGAUGAUGAUGCAAAGAGAAGUAAGAAAGGAGGGUAA